CGGGCGCGGCGGCGAGGAGACCGGCUCUGGCGGAGGGCGCGGGAGCACCGGGCGCACCAACCAUGGCUUCCAAGUGCCCCAAGUGCGACAAGACCGUGUAUUUCGCUGAGAAGGUGAGCUCCCUGGGGAAGGACUGGCACAAGUUCUGCCUCAAGUGCGAGCGCUGCGGGAAGACGCUGACGCCCGGGGGCCACGCCGAGCACGACGGGAAGCCCUUCUGCCACAAGCCCUGCUAUGCCACGCUGUUCGGACCCAAAGGUGUGAAUAUUGGAGGUGCCGGCUCGUACAUCUAUGAGAAGCCCUCUGCUGAGGGACCUCAGGUCACUGGCCCCAUCGAGGUCCCCGUGGCCCGCGCUGAGGAGCGUAAGGCGAGCGGCCCCCCCAAGGGGCCCAGCAAAGCCUCCAGCGUCACCACGUUCACCGGGGAACCCAACAUGUGUCCUCGCUGCAACAAAAGGGUCUACUUUGCCGAGAAGGUGACGUCUCUGGGCAAGGACUGGCACCGGCCGUGCCUGCGCUGCGAGCGCUGCGGGAAAACGCUGACUCCGGGCGGGCACGCAGAGCACGAUGGCCAGCCCUACUGCCACAAGCCAUGCUAUGGGAUACUCUUUGGACCCAAGGGAGUGAACACUGGAGCUGUGGGCAGCUACAUCUAUGACAGGGACCCUGAGGGCAAAGUUCAGCCCUAGGUCUGCAGCCCCCUCCAGGGGCAUGCACCCAUCCGCCUCCUGCCGGCCCUGCCCAGGGGCCCACUGCUUGGCUCUUCGGGGAGAGUGACAGCUGCCCAGUCCCCCCUCAGCACGUCUUGCCUGCAAGUCCAGGGCCUGCUGCUGGGGGAGGAAGCCAACCUGGGCCAUUGAGAUGAGGCCCACCACCCAUCCUUGUUUCUUGGGCCAUGUCUGUCUUUGUGUCCCAGCCACCUGUUACCCUCUUUGUAUCCUCAUGGCUCCAUGUCCAUGUGGCCCCAUGUGUCCUUGUGCAUCCCCAUGUCUGUGUCUGGUGUCCCCACAUGUCCCUGUGUCCCCAUGUCUGUUGUCCCCAUGUGUCCCUGUGUCCCCAUGUCUGUGUGUCUGGUGCCCCCAUGUGUCUCUGUGUGUCCUGUGGCCCUGCGUGGGUCUCUGAGGUGGCCAUCCCACUCUCCCCCUCCUGCUGCCUGCCCCACAGUGUUAUUUAUGCCCCUCUCAUGGGUGAUGGUCAUGGCCACGCCCCUCACAGUGUUCCAAGGGCAGAGGGCAUCCCUCCAGGAGCCCUCUGCCGUCUCCCACACUGCCUUGCAAGCGCCCACCCGCCACCGUCAUGUGGUUCACACCCAAAUGCUGAGACUUUUGCUGCCAAUAAAAGGUUUGAGGACUGCA